AUGGAUGACGGAAAAGAUCAAAAUGCAGGAGUAAAAAGACAAAAAUGUUGCAUGUAUUGCUAUGAUGAACAUGUAAAAGUGUACUCGAGUAAAUCACGGAAUCAUAUGAAAGGAGAGAAUCCCGAUCAAAUGGAAACGAAUCCCAUGGAGAAGAAGGUCAAGAGUAAGCCGAGUCUCAAGGUCCUCGAGGUCGUAUCUGUCGUAAACGUGUAA